AUUUCAGAUGAUACUGGGAUGCAGUGGAAAUUGCAGCUGGUUUCCGUAUUUUUCUUUCUCAACAUCGCUACACCGCUUCCAGAUGUAAUAAGGAUAGGUGGCUUAUUUCAUCCUGCCGACGACAAACAGGAAAUUGCAUUUAGAUAUGCAGUCGAGAAAAUCAAUAAUGACAGAACGAUUUUGCCGAGAUCAAAACUUAGUGAUCAAAUCGAAAGGAUGUCACCUCAAGAUAGUUUCCACGCCUCCAAAAAGGACCAGCGGAGGAUGGAUUUCCUGCAUUUACUUACGAAAACGUUAUCGAUAGAAGUGAUAUCUGAAAAUUCUUCCUUUCUGAGGCACGCGGCUGCGGUAGAUGCUAAAUUGAGAACAAUCUGGUGGUUUUUGAAACCUGGUCUUUGCUUAACUGCAUUUAGCGUUACUCGCUUGGUCAAUAUAACUUCGACAAAACGACGAUAAAAAUCGACAGUAGAGCGUGUCAGAAAAAUUAGGAAUUAAUUACUGGGCACAUAUCAAUCAUUCACUGUCACUUACUUUACUAUUUCCAACACAAAACGCGAACUAUUCAAUGAUUUUUACAUCUGACCGCUAUAGUCCUUCGUUCAGUGUGGUUUUCAUUGCGUUGUCUUAUCAAGAUGUAUGGAAUGCUUCUUCAAAGUGUGCAUCACUUUAUACAGGCUGAAUAUGGUGAAGAGGCAUGGAAGGAAAUAGUGAAACUGGCAGGGUGUAAGCAUUUAACGUUUAACACGCAUCAAGUUUAUCCAGACGACACCAUGGCUAAACUGGCGGAAGCUUGUGCACACGUAACUUCUGCUCACGUUGAUGAGAUUAUGGAGUUUUUUGGGAAAUGUUUCGUACGAUUCUUUAGCAAUUUCGGCUACGAUGUCCCAAUUCGUGCAACCGGUCGGUACUUUACAGACUUUCUGCAAAAUGUAGACAAUAUUCAUUCUCAGUUCUGCUUCACGUAUCCCAAAAUGAGAAGCCCCUCCAUCUAUUUAACGGGAAUCGACGUGAAAGGUUGCGAUAUGGUGUACAGAAGUGAUCGAAAAGGAUUUAUUUGCUAUAUAAUCGGACUAUUAACACAAAUCUCCAAGGACUUUUUUAACUUAACAGCCUUCAAACUGACAGUAGUCGAUAACAGCUGCUCUGCAGGUGCUAAUAGGCGAAGUAAUGUCGUAAAGUUCCGGAUAGACUUUGACAACACAAAUUAUAUGCAAGCAGAAGUUUUGAGGCACCGCCCGAAGAAAAUUGAAAAUCUACCAUCCGUUCCCUGCUACCACUUGUUAGAACUGUUUCCUUUCGCGAUUAUGAUCGAUCCUUCGAUGGUUAUGGUGGGCGUCGGUCAAAAGCUUGUGGAAAUUUGUAGCGGGCAAGACAUCUUGCUGGGUCAAUCGGUUAAUGAUCAUUUCUCACUUCGACGACCUAAGGGAAUCUCAAUUACUUGGAAAAAUUUAAUAUAUUUGGGGAACAUAAUGUUUGAGCUUGAACUACUUAGGAAAAAAGAGGUGAAGGAGAAAGACGAUCCUGCAACAAGCGCAUCUGAAUCGACAAUGAAAAAUAUACUACUUAAAGGGCAAAUGAAGUACAUAGCAGAUGUUAAUGGGGUAAUUUUUCUUUGCAGUCCCAUUAUUAACGACCUUGACGAAUUGACAGAGCGAGGAAUCUUUUUAAAUGAUUUGAACCAACAUGGUUUGGGUAAGGAGAUGGUUAUGGCAGGCUGGCAGCACAAUUCCAAAUUAGAAGUGUUGUUUGACGAUGCAGAACAGAGGUCUCUUGAUUUGGAACAGAGCUACGAGCUAUUAGAUAAGUGGAAGAAGCGAAGUGACGAGCUGUUAUAUUCGAUGAUUCCGCAAACAGUUGCUGAUCGCCUCAGGGGCGGUAAUUCAAGGUUGAGUACGUGUGAGACCUUCGAAAGUGUCACAAUUCUGUUUUGCGAGUUGGUUGGAUUACACUCAUCAACGGUUGAAGAAGCGUUAUCUGUUGUGAACUGUAUGAAUACGGUUUUUUCGUGUUUCGACGAAAUGAUGGAUAAAUUCCAAGUAUAUAAGGUGGAAACUGUUGGUUACGUUUAUAUGGUGGCUGGAGGUGCCCCAGAAAGGACCAACGUCCACGCGCAAAGAAUAGCCGACUUAGCUAUCUCUAUGGUCGAUGAAGUUAAAGAACUGAAGUAUAAAGAUCGCGAUAAAGUAGACAUCAGAAUCGGAAUUCAUUCAGGGCCUGCAGUUGCGGGCGUUGUGGGAAUAAAAGUUCCGCGCUAUUGCUUUUUCGGGGAUACUGUUAACACUGCAUCAAGAAUGCAGUCUACAAGUACACCAGGUAACGUGAACAUUUCGAUUGACACGAAGAACUUGCUUCCACAACAUCUCUAUCAAUUCCGAUCACGUGGUUUAGUUAAAGUGAAGGGAAAAGGACAAAUGGAGACUUUUUUCUUGACUAAGAGAUACUAGACCGAGAUCUUAAAAUAUCUAGUAAUACGAAGACUAACAAUGAAAGUAGUAACUUACAAGACCAUGUAUUUAUAAAAUAGAACGUUUGUAGUA